AUGUAUCUCCUCGAUGCUCUCGUGAACAACUUGGUCGAUCACGUGUCCCAGGAGCUGCAGAAAGUGCAUGGCGUCGCCGACGAACUGGUAACGCUACAGAACAUCGUCUCCUCGAUUCAAGCCGUCCUGAAAGAUGCGCAGGAGAGCGAGGAGACCAGGAACUCUGUGAAGCAACAGCUGAAUGAACUCCGCGAGGUUGCGUAUCGAGCAAACGACAUUCUGGACGAUGUCGCAACAGAGCAGCAACGGCAGCAGCUGAUCAAAUAUGCAGCGGUGCGCAAUUCCCUAGGUGCUGUGAAUCCUAAGCGUUUCUUUUUUAAGCAAGAUGUAUACGAUAGGAUACAAUCGAUCAAAACAGAGCUGGACGAAAUAGUGAAGAAAUGCCCCUUGUCCGCCUUGACAUCGCACAAUGGAUCGCAGAGGACGCAUAUCUCCGAGACCACCUCAGUGAGUCCUCCAUGCGUUCUCGGUCGCGAAAGAGAUAAGCAAAAGAUAAAAGAACUGCUCGUGCCAUUAAAUGGACAAUCAGAUUCAACUGCCUCGGUGAUUUCGAUCUUUGGGAUGCCUGGCGUCGGGAAGACAACCCUAGCACAACAACUCUUCGACGAUGAGACUGUGAAGAAGCAUUUCGAGCUCAGACUCUGGGUUUAUGUGUCUAACGACUUCGACUUGAUGAGGAUUAUGAGGUGCAUGAUCGAGUCCAUAGAUAGAUUUAAGUGUGAUUUAGCUAGCCUUAACAAUCUUCAGCAAGAAAUACGAAAGAAGGUGAGCGGAAGGAGGUACCUGCUUGUUCUGGAUGAUGUUGGGCAAGAAAGCCAGGAGUGGGAGAGGCUCAAAAACUGCUUGUACUCUGCUGAUGAAGGAAGCAAGAUACUAGUGACGACUAAAAAUGAGCAGGUGGCUGCUUUCAUGGCGGCUAAUUCACCUCCUGUACUCUACCGCUUGGAGGGCUUAUCGAUGGAGGACUGCUGGUCUUUGAUAUGCCAGCCAGCAUUAUCCCGAAACCCAAGCGCAUCAUUUACGCUCGAUUUCUAUCGGUCGCAUGCUGUCAACAGAUGCGGAGGUUUGCCCAUGGCAGCUAAAGCUUUGGGGCAAAGGCUAGCUAGAGAAGCUGACAGAAACAAAUGGGGGGCGAUCUUGACAAGCCAGUCAUGGGAAUUCUCCGGCGCCGGCAGCACAAGUAUCACGGAGCCUCUCGGCCUGAGCUACAAAUACUUGCCCAACUAUCUGAAGCCGUGCUUUGCAUACUUGUCCAUAAUUCCAAAACGCUGCGAGUUGGAAAGGGAUUUCAUCAUUCAACUGUGGAUGCGCAAGGCUUCAUCCGGCCGAGAGGGACGGAACAGAUGGAAGACGUCGGCAGCGACUACAUCGACUCCCUCAGGCGCAGCUCGUUCUUGCAGUAUUCACAUUUCGAUCACAAGAGCCGUCGGCAAAGAGGAAUGCUCUGUCAUAGAACCCGGCACGGAGUUGCAUCUCUCAGCGAGUGUUCGCCAUUUAUCGGUGAACUAUGAAGAAUUUGUAAGGAGAGUCACUCCGGACGAAGUGUACAAAUGCAAAGGCUUGCAGUCACUGCUACUGAUCGGCAACUCCACGAGUCGCCCAAUAAUGGUCCUUCCUGGCGAUCUCGCACAGAAGCUCAGUAGCCUGCGCACUCUGAUGCUCACCAACUCGCGCCUGACUCAAUUGCCUGAAUCAAUCGGCGAUCUGAGGCACCUGCGCUGUCUCCAGCUACAAAACACAAGCAUAAAGAGGUUGCCUGAUUCUGUGUCUCGGCUCUACAACCUACAGACCUUGGGUCUCAGAAACUGUUACGAUUUGGAAGAGCUUCCAAAGGAUAUGAGUAGGCUGCGCAAUCUACGGCACCUAGAUCUUCAUCUAGAUGACAAUUCACAAGGCACCUUAAGAUGCAUGCCACCAGAAAUUGGAUUAUUAACUCAUCUCCGGACACUGAACAGGUUUGUUGUGAGUAAAAGGCAUGAGUGUGGUUUAUCUCAGUUGGAGAACUUGAACGAUCUCCGCAGCGAGCUUCUCAUCGAAAGGCUUGACCUCGUUUCCAGUAGGGAAGAUGCUACGAACGCCAACCUAUCGAGCAAGGGACACAUUCACAGACUAGAGUUAACAUGGAACUACAGUAGUGUAACCGAUGCAUCCGCUAGGAGUGCAGGGUACAACAGUAGAGAAAACAUCCUCGAAUACCUCAAACCACAUCCCAGACUGAAAGAGAUCGGAGUCGUCGGGUAUGGAGGGACCUUGCUGCCGAAAUGGAUGGGGGAUUCUUCCUUGUUCAAUCUAGAAACCGUGAGGAUCUCCAAAACUUACAGUUGGCUGAACCUCCUCCCACCUCUCGGCCAAUUACCCAACCUCAAGUAUCUAUUCCUCGAGGAAAUGCAUGGGCUGAAGCAUCUUGACUGUUCAUUCUGUGGCAGGAACGAGAUACGAUUCCCAAAGUUAGAAAAGCUGCAUCUGGAGAACAUGUCAGGACUGCAAGAAUGGUUGGGGGAUCAUCGUUGUGCUUUGCCUUCUCUCAGUGAGCUCACUAUCAAGAACUGUCCUGCACUGCAACAACUUACACAUGAACUCCCAUCUCUGACAAAGUUGGUGAUCGAAGCAUCCCCAUACUUUGCCGGCUUGCCAGAUUUCCCAAAACUCCAAUCAUUAGAAGUAAAGACAAAUGAUGACUGGAUUUGGAGAUCCUGCAGGGCAGCUAUUUCCUCGCUUCCCUCUCUCACUCUCAGUGGACUGACAAGGGCGGACCUGCCCUUCUAUAUAGGCAGUCGCCAUGCGUCCAUCCGUCGGUUAGAGAUCGGUUAUUGCAGUCAGUUGAAAUUUAUUCCUGACGGUUGGCUACCUGAGUGCCUGUCGCGCUUUGUCAUCAGACACUGUCCUAUGCUGCAAAAUGUACCUGCAGGGUUGACUAGGCUGACAAUGUUAGAGGAUCUGGAGAUCGAGAACUGCGAGCAGCUCGAGCAUCUUCCAGUUGGACUCCGGAACAUGAACUCACUUGCACAUCUUGAGAUCUCAGAUUGCCCGGCCCUCGCGUGGCUGCCAAGUGAUGGCCUCCCGAGAAAACUUCAGUUUUUGAGCAUCAGUAACUGCCCUGAGCUGAUCCAGAAAUUGCAACAUCAGGAUUUGUUCACUCGUCGACAGGAUCUCCAAUUGUGGAUAAAUGGUGAGCGUGUGGUGACUUGA